GAGAGAGUAUUCAGACCAUGUGGACUUGGUCUGAAUACUUUCAAUCUGUGCCUUCUGCUUUUCCCUAAAGAAAGGGAGGAAAAGAUGGGAGUCUUCGAAAGGGUCAACCACCUCAUUGCAUUUUGUGCACUUCAAACGUUCGACGAAAUGGCAAACUAGCAAUGCGCCCACGUUUAUUUUGUUUCCUCGCGUCCCUUCGUGAUUUCUCCGUCGGAGCGUAGAGUUAGUCCCGCUCGUGGGUUCCGACUGGGACUCGUCAGGACACCAAUCGCAAGGGAGGGUCAGUGUUGGGGUAAGUUGUAGGCGGGUUGGGAAAACAAAGCAUGCGCGCUCCCCUGGGAUCACCAAAAGCUCCGGUGUCUCCAAAUGGACCGCGGGUACGGAAUUGGCACGCGGGACCCACGGGAAGACCGACGCGCACAAGCGACACUCGCCGAGUUCCUGUCUCGCAGGGAACAUCGAAGGCAAGAUGGCAGUACCACACUGAACGGUGGGCCGGCUAUGAAACGUGGCGACUCAUAACUCGUGUGAACCAUGCGGCGCACCGAAUCCCGUGGCGAUCGCGUUUCGCGAUCUCAUUACCGCCUACCCGCGAUAGCCGGUCAGCCCUGCUCCCUCCUCCCGACACUUUCGCCGCCGCCGCUCGAUCCCUUCCUCCUCUCCUCCCGCUGACUUCUCUCACGGCUUAUUCUGAUCCUGUUGUCUUCUUCCCCGCUAUAACACUAAACCCAACUCAACUCAACCAAGAAGCAGCCACUCUCUCUCUCUCUCUCUCUCUCUGUUCCGUAUCCACUCCACCAGAGGAGGCAAGGAAACUCGAUGGGGAACCUCACCCCCGCCCGCCGCAAGGAGCCGCGCUACCCCUCGCCGGACGGCCCUUCCCCUCCCCGGUUCAGCCCUCGCCCCAAUCUUCCAGCCCCCGCGGCAGCCGGCUCCAUCCCACGCCCGGUCCUCUCCAACGUCGGCCGCGUCCUCGGCCGGCCCAUGGAGAACGUCCGCGCCACCUACAGCUUCGGCCGCGAGCUCGGCCGCGGCCAGUUCGGGAUCACCUACCUCGUGACCCACCGCGAGACCAGGGAGCAGUUCGCCUGCAAGUCCAUCGCCACCCGGAAGCUCGUCCACGAGGAAGACCUUGAGGACGUCCGCCGCGAGAUCCAGAUCAUGCACCACCUCACCGGGCACCGCAACAUCGUGGAGCUCAAGGGAGCGUACGAGGACCGCCACUCGGUCAACCUCGUAAUGGAGCUCUGCGAGGGAGGGGAGCUCUUCGACAGGAUCAUCACUAAGGGCCACUACUCCGAGCGGGCGGCGGCGGCUCUCUGCCGGGAGAUCGUCAACGUCGUCCACGUCUGCCACUCCAUGGGCGUGAUGCACCGGGAUCUGAAGCCCGAGAACUUCUUGUUCUUGAACAAGAAGGAGGAUUCGCCGCUCAAGGCCACGGAUUUCGGGCUCUCCGUCUUCUUCAAGCCCGGAGAAAUAUUCAAAGAUCUUGUCGGAAGUGCAUUUUAUAUUGCCCCUGAAGUAUUGAGACAACAUUAUGGAGCAGAGGCUGAUAUCUGGAGCGCUGGAGUGAUGCUGUACAUCCUUCUUUGUGGCGUCCCUCCUUUUUUUGCAGAGACUGAGGAGGGUAUAUUUGAUGCUAUAUUGCAUGGCCAUAUUGAUUUCACAUCUGAUCCCUGGCCUUCUAUAUCUACCAGCGCUAAAGAACUUGUCAAAUUGAUGCUAAGACCAGAUCCAAAGGAGCGGCUUACUGCAGCUGAAAUUCUCAACCAUCCAUGGAUGAGAGAAGACGGUGCCUCUGAUAAGCCACUUGACCUUACUGUUAUGAAUAGAAUGAAGCAGUUCAGGGCCAUGAACAAGCUUAAGAAAGUUGCGCUGAAGGUUGUAGCUGAAAGCUUGUCAGAGGAAGAAAUCAUGGGUUUAAAAGAGAUGUUCAAAUCGAUGGACACUGACAAUAGCGGGACAAUAACUUUUGAAGAAUUAAAAGCAGGCCUUCCCAAGUUGGGUAAUUUGGGAAUCAAGAUCUCUGAAUCUGAAAUUAGGCAGCUGAUGGAGGCGGCUGAUGUUGAUGGAAAUGGGAGCAUUGAUUAUAUUGAAUUCAUAACAGCUACAAUGCACAUGAAUAGAAUGGAAAGGGAAGAUCAUCUGUACAAAGCGUUUGAGUGUUUUGAUAAAGACAAAAGCGGGUACAUAACAGUUGAGGAAUUGGAGCAAGCUCUCAAGAAGUAUAACAUGGGUGAUGAGAAAACAAUAAAAGAGAUACUUGCAGAAGUUGACAUUGACAAGGAUGGAAGAAUUAAUUAUGAUGAGUUUGUAACUAUGAUGAGAAAAGACAAUUCAGAGGCUAUCCAAACCAGGUGUCGUAAGAUGUGAUUUUAUCAUGAUAUUGGAAGAAAGAGCACCUGGAGUUGCAUUCUUCUGCAGAAGCAAUCUGGAAUUUGGUUACGAUUGCCGAUUUUUGAGAUUUUAGCAAUCUGUAAACCCAACACCACGUAUUCUCGCUGAUUUCGUGCAUUUUGUAUAACUAUUCAUGAUGUCUUGUUGAAUUUGUCUGAAACAGCAGCUGAAUCUGUUCAUCACUGUGCUGUUGGUCUUCA